UGCGUAGAAACACAUUAUCGGGUCUAACGGUCGUCUCGCGACAAAUCACAGGCAAAAGUUAUUUUGACGAAAAUGAAAACGUUUCAGUUUGUCACGAGGUUUGAGUAAUAAUAUGUUAAACUACUUACGAUAUUGGCUCAAUCGAGGGUGUGCUUUUAGAUUUCGAGAAAAUUGAGAACUAAUGAAGAAUUGUUCACUUCUCUCCUUGACUUGAUUUUGGCGAGAGUCAAACCUCUCGCUUCGCCUUUUCCUCUCUGGUGAAACUUAAAUCUCGGGCGGGAACAAGUUUACAUUUUAGUUUGCCGGUGGAUUUUGUACGGAGUUGGCGAGCUCGGCAAACAAAUAUAUUUGGAGCUAACAGCAUUCUUUACAUUUGUAUAUUGAAAAGAUACCUGGAGCCAGAAGAACAGUUGCGCACGACAGCUAACAGUAACAACGUUUGGUCGAGGAGGAUGAUGAUAUCCAAGGGACAGAAGCGCAAACUCCAUGAUGAUGUCGUGGGGUGCAUGCGUAGCGCCACUUGGGAGAGCCAGCGGCAGUCAGUGCUGGGCAUCUCCCUCGACAAGUACCACCGCGGGAAGGCACUGGUAGAGCCUAGUUUGCGCCGCUCGGUGUUGAUAGCCAACACCCUGCGGCAGAUACACAUAGAAAACAAGCCUCCAUCUGGGCUAGUUAACCUGACAGGACCUGUGCCACCCAUGGUCCCAUCUAACCCCUGCACCCAACGGGAGUCUGGUCUGGGUGUUGUAAACAGUGUCGAGGACAUGGAGGAGGUCUGGAUGUCCUCGGAGAGUGACUUCUCCCUGUCAGCUGCAGUCUCCUCCAUCCUGAAAGAACUAGACUUGGCCGUUGAUGGAGGGCCAGGGCCUCAGGCACCUCAGAGGACACCUUUCAUGUCCAUUGAGAACCUACCUGGAGACGUGGGGUCCAGACAGGCCCCCACAUGGCACUGGAGUUCUGAGUGGCGCCCUGGGGGUUCUAGAACCUCAGAGGGGAUGGCUUUUGGUAGUGUGGAGGAGGUCAUGCAUUCCAGCUACCUGCAUGAUGUGAAACUGGAUGAACUUUUCCAUGACAUUGACACGUCUGUGUUUGACAGGGAGAUGGGGGUCCGAGCUCUCUCUGCUGCAGCCAGUGACGAGCUGCUUAAGUAUUUACCCUCUCUGUCCUCCGUUCCAUCCACUUCGCCCUCUCCCUUCUCCCUCAACCAGAGCUUCAGGGACCUGAAUGAGCUGGAGCACAUCAUGGAAAUACUGGUAGAGUCUUGAUCACCAGAACUUUGAGGAAAUUAUUACAUUAUUAAGAGAACAAGAUGUUGAAAUGUAGUGUUUACUCUGUCCAGUUGAUCACAUGGUUUAAUGACUGAAAUGUGCUGUUUUUAUACAAAAGAAUGAAAGGCUGAAUGAGAGACUAGCCUACUUUUUUAAUUAGUGGUGUUUUAAAUGUUAAAUGUAAUAUCCAUCAUGUCUAGCUAUAUUAAGAGAUUAUAUUGUAAGAUAUUGCUAAUAGCAAAGCAGUUCAGAUUGAUGUCCAAUUAAUUCAUUAGUGGGUAGGAUUGACUCAAACAGUUGGAAUUUUGGAAUACCAUUACAUGCCUCAGGCAUCUAUUGAAGGGAAGAUAGAGGACUGUUUUUAAAUCUGAAAAAAAACUCUUAACCUGAGGGGAAAUGUCUUCUGUGAAGAAAUCCAUUUCAUUGGUAAGUUGUGGGUUAAUGUUGAACACAUUCUCACAUCCUUCAAUAUCACAAAAGUACAUCUACCUUUAUUUAACUAGGCAAGUCAGUUAAGGACAAAUUCUUAUUUUCAAUGACGGCUUAGGAACAGUGGGAUAACUGCCUGUUCAGGGGCAGAACGACAGAUUUGUACCAUGUCAGCUCGGGGAUUUGAACUUGCAACCUUCCAGUUAUUAGUCCAACCAGCCCUAACCACUAGGCUACCCUGCCACCCUAUAAUACUGCAUUGUAUUUGUCAGUAUGUUCUUUAGUAGUAGUCUACUUUGCCAAACCAGUAUGCAUAAUUAGGCUACAUAUUGAGCUGUGCCACUAACUUACAGUUAGCUUCAGCCAUUAGCAAAUACAAAUAUUACCUUAACCUGAGUUACUGGCUGUGAAAUGUCAUGGUGCUUACCAGUAGUUCAAUAUCCGGUUAUAACAGCUGGAGGUAAUAUAGAGGAAUUCCUCAAUUUGGUUCUGUUGUGUGUGUGCAAUGAUGUCUAAGGGGGAAAAUUGUGUUGUUGUUUUUUUGCAGUGACUUGGUUUUUGUAUUAUCCCAAACGAACUUGGCAGUUUCAUCAAUAAGGAUUUCAUUAACGUUUAUUGUGCUGCAUUUUUAUAGAAAAUGUCUAACCAGUGUCAGAAAUGGUUCAAAGGACGAGUUAUUUAUAGAAACUUCAUAUUUAAAUGUUCAGCUAAAUAUGUAAUCUUUAUGUUCCACAAUUGCAGUUUGUUUUAUAUUCUUGUUUAUAUAAUGUAUUUUGGCUUAAUGCCCUGAAAAAGGAAAUUACGGCCCACAUUUUACAAUAAAAGACAUGUAAGUG